CGCCGGCAGAGAUCGAUAUCGGAGAAAUAAUAGUUUAGAGCAUAUAUAAAAUGUACGAUGAUUUGUCAAUGACUUUCCUGCAAAUUUGUUUAAUUUUGUGUUAUAAGAAUUCGAUAUUAUUAGAGUCAAUUCAUCAAGAAAAUAAUGGAAUCAUCUUUCACAUGAAAAGUUUCAUAUUUGACCACUAGAUGGUAGACGGCAGGACACGUGACGUCACAGGACUCGAAGCUCUCGAGCGUUCCUAGCGGCAGUUCUUAGAAGUACGUUCACUCGAUAGGACGAUUGUCGUCUGGCGCACGACAAGCUUCAAGCAAUAUGGCGAAGUGUGUCAUGGGCUCGGUGAGACGUAGUGUCGUUUGAAAAGAUGAAAAGUUCGCGGAAUGGGUUGAGAAUAAUGUAGCGCUAUGAAGAUCGUGUGAAUAUUAUAUUUGUGUAUUCAAAAGCAUUGAGUUGUUCCUUGUGAUCGGGAUAUACAGUGCGCGUUACCGGUGUGAAAUCAUGGCUACGGAUAAAAUAAAGGUUGCCGUUCGGGUUCGGCCGUUCAAUCGUAGAGAGCUGGAACUCGGUACACAAUGCGUGGUCGAAAUGUCCGGACAGCAAACCAUCCUUCAGCAUCCCACCACGAUGGACAAGAUCGAACGGAGCAAACCAAAAACGUUCGCGUUCGAUCACUGUUUCUAUUCCCUGGACCCGGCCGCGGAAAAUUUUGCGAAUCAAGAUGUAGUGUUCGACGCCCUGGGCCGCGAUAUUUUGGACAAUGCGUUCCAAGGCUACAACGCCUGCAUUUUCGCCUAUGGCCAGACCGGGUCCGGGAAAUCAUACACGAUGAUGGGAAGCGGUGACAACAAGGGCAUAAUACCUCGGCUGUGCGACAACCUCUUCGACAUGAUCGCGAAGCAGCAGAGUUCGGAAUUGACCUACAAGGUUGAAGUUUCGUAUAUGGAGAUCUACAACGAGAAGGUGCACGAUCUGCUGGAUCCAAAGCCGAACAAACAGUCGCUCAAAGUCAGGGAACACAAUGUUCUAGGCCCGUAUGUGGAUGGGCUUAGUCAGCUUGCUGUCACGUCGUUUCAGGACAUCGACAAUCUGAUGGCGGAGGGCAACAAGUCGAGGACAGUUGCGGCGACGAAUAUGAACUCUGAGAGCUCGCGUUCGCACGCAGUGUUCUCCGUCAUUCUGACGCAGACGUUGACGGAUUCGAAGAGCGGUGUCAGCGGUGAAAAAGUGUCGAGGAUGAGCUUGGUGGACUUGGCGGGGAGCGAAAGGGCUGUGAAAACUGGGGCGGUGGGCGAUAGGCUUAAAGAAGGAAGCAAUAUAAACAAAUCCCUAACGACGUUGGGUCUAGUCAUUUCAAAGCUGGCGGAUCAGAAUUCCGGAAGUAAUAAAAAUAAAGACAAAUUCGUGCCGUAUAGAGAUUCUGUUUUAACGUGGCUGCUGAAGGAUAAUCUUGGUGGGAAUAGUAAAACCGUAAUGGUGGCCACUAUAUCUCCAGCUGCGGAUAAUUACGAGGAAACGCUUUCCACUCUACGAUACGCGGACAGAGCUAAGAGAAUUGUUAAUCAUGCGGUGGUCAACGAGGAUCCAAAUGCAAGAAUCAUUCGAGAAUUGAGGCAAGAAGUGGAAGCACUGAAAGAGAUGCUGUUACAUGCAACUGGACAGGGAUCGAUAUUGGGCCAGCAACGCACAGAUAUAACGGAGAAGCUGUCGGAAUCGGAACGAUUAAUGAAAGAAAUGUCACAAACAUGGGAAGAGAAGCUGGUGAAAACGGAGAGGCUGCAACACGAGAGGCAACAAGCCUUAGAGAAAAUGGGAAUCAGCGUCCAAGCCUCUGGUAUCCAAGUGGAAAAGAACAAAUAUUACCUCGUUAAUCUGAAUGACGAUCCAAGCUUAAAUGAGCUGCUAGUUUAUUAUCUAAAGGAAAGGACUCUGGUUGGGGGACGUUCGGCCAAGACAGAGCAAGAUAUCCAAUUGCACGGACUUGGUAUCCUGCCUGAGCAUUGUGUUAUCACGAUAGAGGAGACUGGCCUCUAUAUGACGCCAUUAAAUGGUGCUAGGUGUUUCGUGAACGGCACUCAGGUAGUUGAGAAAACACCGUUGUUGCACGGCGACAGGAUCGUCUGGGGAAAUCAUCAUUUCUUCCGGGUGAAUUGUCCCAGAAGCGCAACAGCGAUCAACAGUGAACCUCAGACGCCGGCACAGAAUAUCGAUUACACCUUUGCACGGGAAGAACUUAUGCUUAACGAGCUGUCGAACGACCCUAUACAAAGAGCCAUCGCCAGACUCGAGAAGCAGCAUGAGGAAGAUAAACAGGUCGCGUUAGAGAAACAGAGACAAGAAUACGAACGUCAGUUCCAGCAGCUUCGCAACAUUUUGUCUCCAUCGACACCUUAUUCUCCUUACGUACCAUACGACCCCCUAAGGGGCAGUCAAAGUGGUAAACUUCCUGCUUGCACACCAACUACGCAAAUGCGGGUGGAGAAGUGGGCUCAAGAAAGGGACGAGAUGUUUAAGAGAAGUUUAGGCCAAUUGAAAGCCGACAUUUUGAAGGCGAACGCUUUGGUACAGGAAGCUAACUUCUUGGCAGAAGAGAUGGGGAAACAAACGAAGUUUAGUGUCACUCUACAAAUUCCGCCCAACAAUUUAAGUCCAAACAGAAAGAGUGUAUUUUUUCAGCGGGGCGCAUUCGUUAGCGAGCCUGCGAUUCUAGUGAAAAGGACAAAUAUGGGUAGCCAGGUGUGGUCCAUGGAGAAGUUAGAAAACAAAUUAGUCGACAUGCGGGAUAUGUACGAAGACAGAAAGGAUCCCAACAAUUGUCAACGAUUGCCUGCCAUUAAGGAUGAAGUGCCCGGAAAAACUCAAGAUCCUUUCUACGAAUCCCAGGAGAAUCACAAUCUCAUUGGAGUAGCGAAUAUUUUCUUAGAGGUUUUGUUUCACGACGUUCGAUUAGAUUAUCACACGCCAAUUAUCAGCCAACAAGGAGAAGUCGCUGGACGACUGCAGGUCGAGAUUAGUCGCAUAUCUGGUCACUUCCCUCAGGAUCGUAUCUGCGAGGCUGCGUCGGAAUCGUCGGCUGACUCGACCUCGUCAGAGCCUGAGGACUAUUCCGGCUCCAGUCACAUCACGUGCCGCGUGACUAUCAAGCAAGCAACCGGCUUGCCACUGUCCCUGAGCCAUUUUGUAUUUUGUCAGUACAUGUUCUGCGGUUAUCCGGAUCCCACAGUGGUCCCAGCUGUGGACAACUCGGAACAAUUGAACUCGAAUUGCCAGAUAGGGCAAAGAGACUCUCUGGUGUUCAAGUUCGAUCACACGAAUGAUUUUACCGUGCCUAUUACGGAGGAGUUUAUCGAACACUGUGCAGAAGGGGCCUUAAGCAUAGAAGUUUGGGGACACCGAAGUGCCGGAUUUUCCCGAAGCAAACCAGGCUGGGAAGUCGAGCAACAACUUGCCAAAGCUAGAUCUUUGGCUGAUCGAUGGUCGGAAUUAACAAGGAAGAUCGAAUUAUGGGUUGAAAUUCAAGAGUUGAACGAGCAAGGAGAAUAUUCGCCAGUGGACGUAGUUGUAAAGCAAGAUACGUGGACAGGGGGUAUUUAUCAAUUACGUCAGGGGCAGCAACGACGAAUACAAGUUCGUGUAAAACCAGUACAAAAUUCAGGAACAUUACCCAUUAUUUGCCAAUCGAUAUUAAAUAUAGCAGUUGGUAGCGUGUCUGUAAGGAAUCGUCUUCAAAUUCCAUUGGACAGUUAUCAGGAUGAAGACUUGAGCAUAUUAAGAGAAAAAUGGAGCGAAGCCUUAAUGAGAAGGAGACAAUACUUGGAUCAACAGAUACAAAAACUUAUUAAUAAACAGGAUAAAACUGAACAAGAUAUAGAACGAGAACAAAGUCUAGUAGAUCAAUGGGUCAGUUUAACGGAAGAAAGAAACGCAGUGUUAGUUCCUGCAGCAGGAUCAGGAAUCCCUGGUGCCCCUGCUGAUUGGAAUCCUCCUGCAGGCAUGGAACCACACAUUCCUGUUCUGUUUCUUGAUCUCAACGCCGACGAUCUCUCAACGCAUCAGUCAGGGGAAGAAGUUUCCGUCACUGGGGUUAAUUCUAUAUUACCCAAAGAACAUGGCAAUAAGUUUUACAAUUUGCCUAUAAUUCGUCACAUAGAGAAGGAUGUGUGCGCCAUCGCUGCUUGGGACUCCAGUAUACACGAUAACAAACAUCUGAACAAAGUCACAGACGCCAACGAACGGGUAUUUUUAAUUUUGAAAACAACGAUACGACUCUCUCAUCCAGCGCCAAUGGACCUCGUACUGCGCAAAAGAUUGGCCUUGAACAUCUACAAACGACAAAGUAUCACAGACAGAAUUUUCAAAAGGAUCGUCCGUACAGAUUGUUUGACCCAAACUGGAGUCACAUACGAGGUCGUGUCUAAUAUACCAAAGGCUAGCGAAGAACUGGAGGAUCGCGAGAGUUUGGCACAGAUAGCCGCGAGUGGCGAAGACAACAGCCUAUGCGACGGUGAAACUUACAUUGAAAAAUAUACACGCGGUGUUUCUGCGGUGGAAAGUAUCUUAACUUUAGAUCGGUUACGACAAAGUGUCGCGGUAAAAGAAUUACUGCAAGCACAAGGUCAACCACUUAUGCGCAAGACAGCAAGCGUACCCAACUUCUCGCAGGUACUACUGCCUCUACGCCGUCUCGGACGCACUAUCAUGAGAUCCGACACCUCGAUGGACUCUCUAAACGUGACACGUUCUGAAAGCGUGACUGAUCUCAACACCGAGUUGAAUGGAAUACUUCAUUCGCGUCGUGCAUCCACGGGUCACACCAGAAACGAUGAGAACUUCGUUUCUGCGCCAGUUUCUAAACCAUUCGGAAUCGCGAGACCAACUUUCCUGAAUCUGAACCUGAAUCUCAACUCAUUGACACGUCUGCAACAAUCCACCUCUGCCAAGUCGUCUCCAAAUAUGGUGAGUGGCAAAUUGGGUCUACGAAUGACCACCCUGCACGAGGAAACGUCGAACGCUGGGAACCAAGUAACGACACCCGUUCAUGACGAGGACGAAGAGAAGAGUGACGCUGAUUACUCCGAAUAUGAUUCGUAUCAGGCACCGGUGAAACCAGUAAAACCGCUAACUUCUUCACGCACACUGGAUUCUCUCGUCGAACUUCAAUCGACGAAGAUCAACACGCCAAGCAUGAGCAGCAGUGGUUACGGUUCCCAAGCUGUGUCCACGACCAAUCUCACGUCCGAGGACUCGAUCUCCGUCAAAUCCAUCAGCGUGGACGAGACCCCGGAUCUGGAAUAUCGAAAUUUGUUGGACAACAAGAAACCGGAAAGGAUGGACAGCUCGUUGGUGGAGGAAACGCCGGAAGAAUACAUGGGUGAAAUGACUAACGCGUUGGGCAACUUGAACGUGAUGGAGAACACUUGUGGCGAGGAUCGUAGUAGGAAAAAUUUGGAAGAAACAGGCGCUUACGUGGAUGCGGACAUCGACAGCCCAGUUUCUUCGACGAAAAGCGACAGUGAUGCAAAUACCAGUGCAACGCGUAUAAAUUCUAUUCAAAAGAAAGAUGCACCGAGCCAGGUUUUGAGUAAUAGAAGAAAAAGCGACAUGGAAAUUAGCCAGGCGUCGAAUUCUGGAGAAGACAGCCCUUUGGAGGGUAGUUCGGUUGUACACACGAAGCUACCACCAGGCAAGGUCGUGCGACGAAGAAAAGCUUCUGCUAGCACAGGAAGGCCUACGAGUUCUCAGCACAGGGCUUCGUUCCCCAUGGUCCGUCCACAACUUUCAGAGAGCAAAGCUGCAGCACGGCUUGAACAAUCAAUGCAACCCAACAUGCCCUAUGAAAACGGUGAUAACAGCUCAUCUGAACGAAUCGAUGAUGAUGUGAGCGACAAAAGUUCAGCUUUCGGUUCGAGACACGACUUAAGCAGAGUCGAAACUCCACUCCCAGACUGGGUUGUAAUUGGUGAAUCAGUGUUGGUUCGCCCAUACAGCUAUUCCGGUGUGAUAGCGUAUGUUGGCCCAACAGAAUUUGCAUCUGGGACGUGGAUAGGAAUUGAACUUGAUGCCCCGACUGGUAAAAACGAUGGUGCUGUGAAUGGCCAUAGGUACUUCACGUGUCGACCGAAAUGCGGAAUCUUCGUCAAAGUGGACAAAUUAAUUCAAGACAAACGGGGCCGAGCACUUAGAAAUUACACCAGCACCCCUCAACCUGCACCGAUGCGCAGAAGUGUGAGCAGAGGUGAGGGUUUACAUUCCUUGCACCGAAGUCGAAGUCGAGGGGAGGGCCUCUCAACGACAGGCACACGAUCUUCACCACGGGGCAAGUAAACGGAUCACACAACAACACCGCUUCACCAUAACUUCGUUUUACUAAUAAGCCACUAAAUAUCCUAAUUGCUACAUGCCUAUGAUAUGUGUAGCAGCAGUGUUUCAGUCCCUUAGACAUUUAGGGCAGCUAUGGAUUAUAACUAAUUACUUAUGAAUAUUACUUGAAAGAAAAAAAAAAAUUAUUAGGUCAUUAAUGUGUAUCACACAAAGCAUGGGACAUUCUCUCAAUUUUUUCGAACAGGAUAUGCUGUUCUGAAGCAUAGUAUCUACAAUUAAUUCGCAUUUCAGUAGCGUAGCGAGAGCGAGAGCGAGAGCGAGAUAGAGUGAGAGAGAGAGAGAGAGAGAGAGAAAGAGAAAGAGAGAGCGAGAGGAAGAGAGUUAAGCGCGAAAGAAGAGAGAAAGAGAGAGAGAGAUAGAGUGAAAGAGAAUGAGAGAGAGGGAGAGAUAGUUCGAAUGAGAGAGAGAAUGAGAAAAAGCGUCUGCGCGCAAGAAUAUCGAUACGAACAAAAAGAAUUAUUUUCUUUCAUCGUAUCGAGAGAGUUAGCGGAUGAUAUUCAAUCGAAUAUAUAAUAUAUAUAUUAUCAUAUAUAAUUUGUAAGCAUUCCACAAAACUUUUUAUUUUAAACGACUGGGAUGAUGAGCCAUUUACUUUUUACAUAAGAGGAAGCAUCCGUUUAGUUUCGCGUAAUCAAUUGUACAUUUUUUAACGCUAUCGAAGAAAGAGGGAAAUAUAUUGGAGUCACUUAUUUCGACCGUAAUCUUCUACCAUUUGAUGGCAAUUCGAAUCGACCGCCUCUUAGACGUUAAUAUUCUUCGUAACUUCUAAGCAUCUAAUUUGCGUUUAAUUGAGAAUAAAAAACAAAAAAAAUAUAUUGAAAUAUCGGCACAGAUACAUGUAUGCCACGUUACGUUAUCCACAAUCGGUUAAAUAAUAAAACAAAAUAACAAUUGGCAAUUUUAUAAAAAAUUGCUGAUAUAACAUAUACAUAGAAAUAUACAGGGGGGGAAAAAAAAAGACACUCUCCAAAAUUGCCAGGCGGUAAUUUUGAAUGUCGGAGAAGUAACCAAUGGAAGAAUAAAUAAAUAAAUAAAUAAAUAAAUA